AUGGUUGGAUCUUUCUUCGAAUUGUGUGGUAACAUUCCUUCUCAGUUGGUUGGGCUUACAUUUCUGUCCCAUUUGAAUCUCUCCCAUAAUCAGCUAUCAGGACCAAUUCCUAAAGGCAAACAAUUUGAUACCUUUUGGAACUCAUCCUACCUUGGAAACCUUGGCCUCUGUGGGUUUCCUCUAACAAAGUGUGAUACAAAUCAAAAGGACCACAAGACUCAAAUGUUAUUAGAUGAAGAUGAAGAAGACGCCCGUUUGGAAAAAGGGAUUUGGGUGAAAGCUGUGUUCAUUGGGUAUGGUUGUGGGAUUGUAUUUGGAAUAUUUAUUGGAUAUCUUGUUUUUCAUUAUAGAAAACCUGUGUGGAUUGUGUCAAUAGUGGAACCCAAAAGAGCUCAAAAGAACCAACCAUUCACAAGGCGUCGCAGGCCUAGGAAAAGAAAUGGCUAG